AUACCAUGGAUACACAGGAGGAAAGUGUUGUAGCUGAAGUGGCUGUUAAUACUCAACAGAACAAUGUCAACAGCUUUGAUUGUAAAUCGGAAGAAGCAUCCGUAGCAGAUGUAGAUCCUGGUAAGGAAGGUUCAUUGUCUGGAUGUAGUGAUGAUGCCACUGAAGCACCUAUGAAUAAUAACGAUGGAACGCAGACCUCUUCCUCAGCAGCUGGAAUCCCUAGGAUUGAAGAAAAGCCUGGCUCCUGUCAGCCUUGUGAAGUACAGCCAGAAGAACAAAUGGAACUGGGUGAAACUUUGCAUUUUGAAAACCAUACAGUGGCUAUGCAUAAUGGAAAUCCUGGGGAGUCUCCACAUGUAUCAGUCUGUAUUCCACAAGCUUCUGGUAAAAUUCUGUCUGUAUCUCAUGAUGAAUUGGAGGAAAGUUCUUCAGGAGACUCCUCUUCUGACAGUGAAUCAGAUUCAUCUUCUUCCACAUCAUCUUCGUCAUCCUCCACUUCCCUGUUUAUAAUGCUUAGAGCGGACGAGGAGGAACCUCUGGAAAACAGCGAAGCACCUUUGAAAACUAAAGAUGAGCUUCUUUUAGAGGAGUUGCCUGCAGUUGAAGAACUGGCCAUAAACCUACCAGAUGAUGUUGAAAUAAAACCAUUUGGAAAGGUUUCCAGCAUCAUUGAUCAGCUAGUGAUUGUUGAAUCAUUACAUGACAUUCCACCACUAAAUGAGGACACUGUUGUUUUUAAUGGGAAUCGACUUGCUGUUGGGAAGAUAUUUGAGAUAUUUGGACCAGUUCCACAUCCAUUUUAUGUGCUUCGUUUUAAUUCAAAGGAUCAUGUUGAACGCACAGGAGUUGAGAUAAAGGAUACCUUGUACUUUGCUCCAGCUGUUAAAGACUUCACACAGUAUAUCAUACCAGAUGCUUUGAAAAGAGAAAAGGGGUCUGAUGCUUCCUGGACGAAUGAUCAAGAACCACCAGCAGAGGCACUAGAUUACAGUGAUGAUGAAAAGGAAAAAGAAGCAAAGCAGAAGAAGAAAUCCCAAAAUGCAGGGAAAAAGAAGCAGAAAGCAGAAAAUGAAAAAUCAUCAGCCUCUUCCCAAGAGUCUAACCAGUUUUAUAGGGGCCAGAAGUUUUCAAGACCUUACUCAAGAAAUGUUUCUGCACCACGCUUCUCAAAUGGGCGAGGAUCUCACAUGCAAGAAAAUACAUUCAGACAACGUCAAGAGCCAUACUUUCCACCACACUAUCAAGGACAACAUAUGAUGCACCAGCCCUAUGCCUACCACAGUACUAGUCCUCCGGAUUAUUCUGUGACAUAUGCAAACAAUGGUCACCAGCCUCCACAACCCCCUUUCUAUGAACACUAUCAAAAUAUGCAGCAUUUUCCUGCGUCUCCUUUUCCACCUCCCCACAUGAUUUGGCCUGAACAAAACAUGCAUUUUCCCUAUAUGCAAAAUUACUGUCUGCCCCCACCACCACCACCACCUCCUCCUCCUCCUGCUCCUUAUCCGAUCCAGGGAGAUCCAAACUGUUCUAACAGGAAUCAUUCCUGACCUGGAAUGUGCUCAGUGUUUGUCAACUGCCUUUAAUAGCAA